GAAAGAUCCCGUCGUAUUCGUAAACAAAUAACAAAGAUGCACCAUGUGGGGCGUAAAAGAAGAUGAUUCUGAGACCACAGGUGACUUUUAGUGCGUGUAUCUAAUUUCUAGUGGAUUGACAAGAUGUACAUGAAAUACAGAGACAGACUUGAGAAAGAAAAUAAAGAGAGUUUUGACGUCAGUAUCCAAACUUCAGUGAAAUCUUGUUGGAAUGAAGUAGAUAAACAGUGUCAAGAAUACAAGCCAUUUACCAGUACAUCCACCAAACCCCAGGGAAAAUCAGGAUGGAAGAUUGUAAGAGUGUUUGUCUCAUCCACAUUUACUGAUUUCUUUAAUGAACGAGAAAUUCUGGUUAAAAAGAUUUUUCCAGAACUAAGAGAAUGGUGCAAGUUGAGACAUAUACAUCUGAUAGAAUGUGAUUUACGAUGGGGAGUUCCAAAAGAGGCCACAACACAACUUGUCAUCGAUACAUGUUUAGAAGAGUUGAAUCGAUGUCAUGAGGAUACCAAUGGACAGCCUUUCUUUUUAGGACUGAUUGGUAAAAGAUAUGGAUGGAUACCAGACAAAACAGACAUUUCUGAUGAAUUAAACGAGAAAUUUCAGUGGGUUGACAACACUUCCAUAACAUUCAUGGAAAUACUUCAUGGGGCAUUAAGAUGCAAGAGUCCAAAUGCUGCCUUUUUCUUCAGAUCAGAUGAAGUGAUUGAUUCUAUCCCUGACAUAGCUUUAAAACGAUUUAUAGAUGAAGAAACCCUGAGCAAACAGCACCUUAUUGCUCUGAAAAAACAAUUAAAGAAGAGAUUUCCAGAUCAAGUUUAUGAUUAUAAUUGUAAAGUGGAUGGUAUGCAAGACACUGCAGGAAGAGAGAGGGUUAAGUUUUCUGAACUCGAUAAAUUUUCUGACCAAGUAUUAGACUUCUUCAAGACAGCAAUUACAAAUAUGUAUGACAACAACAAAACCAGUGAAUAUGAUGAAGAAGAAAUUGAGGAAGAGAAUCAGAAAUUUUACAUAGAAAAUAAAUCUGAAUUAGUAGUUGGACAAGAUAACUUACUGAAGACCUUGACAUCAUACUUGAAGGGGGAGCCACUUUCAGAUAUACUGGAAUCGGAGGACAGCAAAAGUUUUGUUAGAGAUCCAAAAUUUUGGGGAGAAACUGUGCCAGAGGAUAACAAAUUAAUGUGUAUAAAAGGUCAUCCGGGAUAUGGGAAGUCCACACUCUUAUCCAAGGUCGUAAAUGAUUUCCUCAAGGAUGGUUAUGUAGUAUUUUACCAUUUUGUUGGAUGUUCAGCUUCAAGCAAAAAUACAGAGACUUUGUGUAAGAGACUAGUCAGAGCACUGGAAAAGAAAGUUCUUAAAAAAGAUGAAAACACAAAUCAUGCUAUAGACAGUGAAGAAGGUUCUAUACAAAGUUCAAUGGAAAGGCUGAAAGGUCUUCUGCCAGUUUUGAGAGAACAACAAGCAAAGCUUUGUAUUGUUAUAGAUGCUGUUAAUGAGCUUCCAGAUUGUAACACUUAUAACCACCUGUCAUGGCUGCCACCAAGAUUCCCAGGUAAUAUUAAAUGCAUCAUUAGCUCUGCAGAUACCCAUCCACCUACUAUUGCAAGGUUGACUGAACACAGUUGUUAUGUUUGUGAAGUUGGACCAAUCAACAAAGAGGCUGCAGAGGUUAUAGUCUCAAAAACUUUGAAGAAAUUUAACAAGCAACUGGAUAAAGACCAGCUAUCUUUUAUUGUAACAAGACCAUGUGCUACAAACCCUUUAUGGCUCACCAUGCUAUUAGAGGAACUUAGAAUGUUUGGAGAUUUCAGGACAUUAGACAGCAAGAUAGAAAAAGUAUCUGAUUCUGUAGACAGUCUGCUAACAGACAUUGUAAAUAGAAUCAUUUCAGAGGAUGAAACAGGCCUAGUGAAAAAGAGUCUUUGUUUACUGGCCUGUGCAAUUGAAAGCAUACAGUUACAUGACCUGUCUUAUAUGUUGGGAGAUAUCAGCAACAAGGAACCAGUAGCACCAUUGUACUGGUCCCAAACAAGGAGAGUUUUGAGUCCAUACAUUAAAGAAAUAGGAGUCCAGUCCAAUAUAUCAUUUUAUCAUAUGGAAAUUAGACGGAUUGUCAUCCAGCUGUUAAUCACCAAUCACGGAAGAGAAUGGUACAGAUUGUUAGCCUUGUAUUAUACAAAAUGGUGUCCUGAUGAAAGGUCAAGGUCAUUGUUUGCACCAACAUACUGUUUGAAUGCCAAUCUAAAAGCAGAAUUGCUAGAAUUUUAUGACAAAGAUCCAGCAGCUGAACUUAUACAAGAUUGGUUUAGAAGUCAACAUUUCAAGAAUUUGAGAUGUCAAUCACAAGCAAGUGUCACGCCACAAUUAUUUCCUGUUGUUAUUUGUCAGUUCUGUUCAACGAAAACAUGUCGAAAGAAGUUCAGGAGACAGUAUAAAGACUGUUGUGUUGUAUGUAAAAGUUCUUUGACGUUUAAGAAUGCUGUGGCAAAUUUGUGCAAUUUUCAUGCUUUUGGUCACAGUGACAAAAUUGGGAAGUGUUUAUAUUGUAACAUGAUAGUACCUAAAGAAAAUAAGAAUGUGAAAAAUAUGAUGGGAAACGUAGGCAAAUUAUGUAUGAGUUGUAGCUUUGGACAUGAUCAAAAAAAGUGUGCUAUGGUGUCUAUUAAGUGAUUUAUGAUUGAUUGAAUUAUAAGUUUGGACCUGUUCACAAAAGGUGUGCUAUGGUGUCUAUUAAGUGAUUUUAAGAUUGAACGAGUAAUAGUUUUGGAUCUGUUCACAAAAGGUGUGCUUAUCCUAUGGUGUCAUUUAACUGAUUUUAUGAUUUAUGAAUAAUAAGCAUUACUCUCUUUGCUAGAUAUUCAUGGAAUUUUAUGAAAUUGCAUUAUAAGGAAAAAUCAUUGAUGUCUCUUUUUCACUAAGGGAUAAGUCUUGAUAGCCAUUUGAACCUUUGGCUGUUGAAUUGUAGGUCUUUAAAUGGUCACUUAAAUGUAAAUUGUUCAUUCAAUAUAAUUACAUGUAAUUUGUAAAUGAGCCUCCUGGUUGGUUUUUUGAUUAUGUGAUUACAUGGUCAAUUUUAUAGUGAUUAUAUCAUUAGCAGACCAAAUGUUUCAUGAUUAUUUGAUAAUAUAAGACUAUUUUGGAAUAUUUGAUUAUCUUAAAAAAAUAGUUAUGAUGAUGUGAUUUUUUGAUUACUUGGAGACCCCAAUGUAAUUAGAAACUUUUAUUGUUUUCUAUUUAUACUUAUAUUGUAAAUAUAUUUCUGUUAGCCAAUCUAUUAUUUGCUUAUAUAUAUUGUAUCUCCUGUAUCACAGAGUCCUGUGUAUGAGUUUUGAAAAUGAGUUCUAAGUUUCUGUUUUAUUGCUUUUAUGAAAUUUACUUUGAAUGACACAAACUUUCAAUCUCCGGAGCAGAGGUCAUAUUGGUUCCAUACAUGCUCCUCAAUACUGCACUCAAUAUGAAUUUUUAAUGUCAAAGUAGAGAUUUCUCCCAUUUUCACGGUCCACUGAACAUAGAAAAUGAUAGUGUGGAUUAGGCAUCCAUGUACUGGGGACACAUUCUUGUUUCGUUAUGCAUUUGGGGUCUGUAUUAUUCAAUAUGAAUCUGCAAGGAAUAAAAUAAUAUUUAUUUUCAAAUGAGGUAAAU